UGGCUGUCCUCGCCCGCCCCGGCUCCUCGUGUCUGCGUGGUGGGCAGCGGGCCCGCGGGGUUUUACACGGCUCAGCACAUCCUCAAGCACCAUGGUGGGGCCCAAGUGGACAUCUAUGAGAAGCUGCCUGUUCCCUUUGGGCUUGUCCGUUUUGGGGUGGCCCCAGACCACCCCGAAGUGAAGAAUGUGAUCAAUGCCUUCACGCAGACAGCACGCUCAGAGCGCUGCACCUACUACGGAAACGUCACCGUGGGGAGGGACGUCACGGUGGCAGAGCUGCGGCAGGCUUACCACGCCGUCGUGCUGAGUUACGGUGCUGAAGAUAACCGGGUGCUGGGGAUCCCAGGGGAGAACCUCUCUGGUGUUUAUUCAGCCCGAGCAUUUGUGGGCUGGUACAAUGGGCUGCCUGAGAACCGGGAUCUGAAGCCCGACCUGAGCUGUGAGACAGCGCUGAUUCUGGGUCACGGCAAUGUGGCGCUGGAUAUUGCCCGGAUCCUCCUGUCCCCACUGCGUCUCCUCAGGAAGACAGACAUCACCGAUGGCUCCCUGGCAGCUCUCGCCUCCAGCAAGGUGAAGCGUGUCUGGCUGGUUGGGAGGAGGGGACCUCUCCAAGUUGCUUUCACUAUCAAGGAGCUGCGGGAGAUGGUAAACCUGCCUGGUGCCAGACCUGUCCUGAACCCUGCUGACUUCACAGGCCUCGAAAACGCUAUUAAAGAUGCCCCCAGGCCCAGGAAGCGACUGACUGAGCUGAUGAUCAAAACAGCCCUAGAGAAGCCUGGGGAGAAGACGAUGGAGGUGCAGGAAGUGGUGGCGCAGGCAGCAGCCCCCCGGGAAUGGGGCCUGAAGUUCCAGCGCAGCCCCCAGGAGGUGCUGCCCACCGCUGACGGGAGGCGGGCGAGGGGCAUCCGCAUGGCCCUGACGCGCCUGGAGGGCUCGGGUGACUCCGCCAAAGCUGUCCCCACUGGAGACAUGGAGGAGCUGGAGUGCGGGCUGGUGCUCAGCAGCAUUGGCUACCGGAGCCUGCCCCUGGACCCAGUGGUACCCUUUGACACCCAGCGUGGCAUAAUCCCCAACAGCUCGGGCAGAGUGGAGGGUGUCCCAGGUCUGUACUGCAGCGGGUGGGUGAAGAGAGGACCCACAGGCGUGAUCAUCACCACCAUGAACGACAGCUUUGAAACUGCCCAGUCUGUGCUGGAGGAUCUCCGGGUGGGCGUGCUGGACGUGUCCGCCUCCAGAGAAGGCUUUGGAGCCGUGGAGAACAUCCUGCACAGCCGAGGGGUCCGUCCUGUUUCCUUCUCGGAUUGGGAGAAGAUAGAUGCUGCUGAAGUGGCAAGAGGCAAAGCUGCUGGCAAACCCCGGGAGAAGAUAGUGGAUCCUCAGGAGAUGCUGCAGUUGAUUGGUCACUAA